AUGUGUGACAAAAAUACUAAGCAACUUAUUGUAAAGUCACCAACUUUACAAGAUCCAAAUAAUUUUUUUGACAAAUAUUGGAAUGAGCAACAUGAUUUUUUUAUUGAUGAAAAAGAGAAAAUUUAUGUAGUUAAAAAAGAUAAUGAUAAAGUUUUAGAUAUUUUUUCAAAGUCUUCAUUGAAAAAAUAUUUAGAAUCAAGUAAACAAGAUUAUAGGUUUAACACUUGUCCUUGUUGUGGGAAAAUCAAACUUGUUUUUGUAGAAAAGACCAAUUUACUUAUCAAAGAAACCAUCAAUCAUUGUGAUGUCUAUAAUUCACCUUUCACUAAUCAAGUCAAAGAAGAUUUUAAAAUGAGAUUUCUUGAUCAUGAACAUUUAUCAAAAUUUUUCGAUCAUUAUGGUAUCAGUCGUAAAUGUGAAAUUUAUCUUUGUAAACAUAAAAAUCUUUCAGUUUAUAGAAAGAAUAAG